GCCUACCAAAAAAGAAAAAAGAAAAAAAAAUCUAUUUUUCCAAGUGGGUAACAAUAUUAUCAUUCUCUCAAGACUCUGAAACGCAAAAAACCCCUCGUUUGAUUCACACCAACACAACCCAUUCGCUGUUUUUGGUUUCUUCGUUUACCCUUUUCCCAUAAAUUCAAAAUUAUCAAAGGUUUUCAAUUCAUACCCAAAUUCAUUUCAAUCUCAUAGCCUCAACAUUACCCGUUGAGGCUCAUUCUGUUCUUCAAUAUUGAGGGUUUUUUUCUUUUCAAUUGAUUCUGUUUACCUGUGUAUAAAUAUGUCGAAAUCAUCAAAACUCAUGAGUCCAACAAGGAUUUCUCAAUUUGGGUUCGUUCUAAUUGUGAUUGUUGCUAGGCUAACAUGCGCAGAUGAGAACCCUAGGGUUUCUAAUUCUAUUUGUCAUCCCAAAUCGAUUAACGAUUCAAUUUUUGGUUCCCAAGCUCCGGUUUGUCCUUUGAACGGGAUUGAUUAUUCUUUCGGUGUUCUUGCUGUUAUUGAGGGAGAUGAAACGUCAUUGCAAAAGGCAUUAAGUAUGGUUCAUAAGAAUGCUGGAAAUUACGUUGUUGUCCUCUUCUAUGCAUCAUGGUGCCCUUUCUCAAGAACAUUUAGACCAACUUUAUCCCAAAUGUCUUCCUUGUAUCCUUCCAUAGCUCAUUUUGCAAUUGAGGAAUCUGUCAUAAGGCCAAGCAUACUCUCGAAAUAUGGUGUUCAUGGGUUUCCUACUCUCUUUGUCUUGAACUCAACAAUGCGUGUUCGUUAUCAUGGCUCAAGAACCCCUACUUCUCUUGUGGCUUUUUACACUAAUGUUACAGGUAUUAAAGCCGAAUCUGUUAAUGCAACAUCCCUUGGUGAAACAAUACACGAACACACAAAUCAAAACAUCAACGAGCCAGAAAACUGCCCUUUUUCAUGGGCAAAAUCACCCGAAAACAUGUUCAGACACGAAACAUACUUAACAUUAGCCACCAUUUUUGUGGUUUUAAGGUUGUUUUACUUAGGUUAUCCGUUUAUCAUCACAUGUGCACUUGUUUCUUGGAGAAGAAGGAAUGUAAACAUUCGGUUAAAAACAUUGUGGGAGCACCCAUUGGCUUACAUGAAUCGUGCAAUACAAUUAUUCACUUCAUUGACUGAGCCUUGCAAGAGAAGCAACCUGCAUGGAGCCAUGAAUGCAAAAGCUGCAUGGGCUUCAAAGUCUUUGGCUUCGGUUUCUUUUGGGGAGGCGAGUACUAGCCGUGAUGGGUCUGGAAGUUGAGGGCGAUUUGGUAAUUUCCUUUUGGGAUGUAAUUUGUUUCUUGAUAAGGAAGUUUUAUGUCUAAUUGGGUUCUUUGUGAAAUGUAGAUUACAAUUUGUUUGAUAGAAAAAGAAUUGUUGUGUACUUGUUGUUGGUUGUAAAUGUGUAAGAGACCAAUUCACCUUUCGAAAUCUGACUUUUAUG